CAAAAUGCUGAGUUGGAAAAUAAGUUGAGACUGCUGAAAAUGCAAGUAAAAGAAGUCAAUAAAGCUAAUGAACAACUUAUCGAUUACAAAAACCAAAACACGGCGUUAAAUGCUACGAUCAAUAUAAAAAAUGAAGAAAUAUCAAAGUUGGAGACGCAAAUCAAUGAGAAUUCUAAUGAAAGGAUGGAAACUGAGACGGAACACAAUAGUAAAAUAUCAGAUCUGACAAAUAGACUAUAUGAAUGUGAACGGGAACUCUUGGAAAAAUCAGACCUGAGCAAGAGACUAUAUAACUGUGAAACUAAGUAUAAUGACGUAUCGUAUAAACUUACGGACACGGAGGAGUAUCUAGAAUACACAAAAUCAAAGCUGAGGGAAUGCAAGACCACAAAUGGCAAAAACUAUACAGAAAAAGAGAAUGAGGAGACUCCUAAGCCUUUGGCUGAAAGUCUUCCAAGCUUUUGCUUAAACUUGACUGCUGGUAUUCACAAGAUACAAAUUCCAAAGGGACGUGUUUCAGAUGUUGUUUGUGAUGGUGAUGGUUGGAUGAUCAUUCAGCGUCGAAUUAAUGGAAAUGUCGACUUUAAUAGAAACUGGGCAGAAUACAAGGAUGGAUUUGGUGACUUGAAUGACGAGUUUUGGUUUGGAUUGGAUAAAUUGCAUCUGAUUACAAGUUCAGCACCUCACCAGUUGAGCAUUUUAGUGAAUAGUGAAAGUGCAAGUUCUUAUAACUUUAAGAUUGGAGGUGCAGAAGAAAUGUACAAGUUGUACAAAAUGCAAAACUAUGCAGAUAAAUACUUAUUCUUCAACAAUGAAGAAGAAAAAAUUUACAACAUACGAUAG